GCUGUCGACGCGCCCCUUUGCGUCAUGACGAUUGACGCCGAGUGAGGGCAGAGCGGGUGUGUUCAGUCUGGAGUGGAGCUGCUGGAGAAAUCACUGGGGAGGAGAGUUGGUGUCGACACUAAAGAGGCAUGGAAAAUUUAGGCCGUUUGGACACCACCCCCUGGAAAAUGUAGAAUUGAGGUUCUACUGUAUAUAGGGAAUAUAUCGUAAAAUAUGAGUACACAGUCAUAUGAAGAAGUUUGGGAACCCCUCUCAGCCUGCAUAAUAAUUUACUCAACUUUCAACAGAAAAGAUAACGUGGGUCUUGAGCAGCACUGGAAAUUCCAAGAAGAAUAUGCCACAGUACAAGGGAAUAUCCUUGUCUAGGAAACUUGCAGCCUAGAUCUCUCUGAGGAACUCAGCCGCCAGACACCCCCUCUCAUUAAGAUAAUGACUGAUUCAUUUAUGGACAUGACCUCUCUGCUCCUAUGACAUCACCGCACCACUCUCCUCUUGUUUUAUGGAAUUAUUCUAUUCAUUUCAAAAUCAAAUAAAUUAAAACAGGAUCAGUGGUUCCACAGAGACUUAAACAUCUUCUUACUCUGGGGGCAGGGCAAGAUUGAUGUCCUCUAAUGGAGGCCACUGGCAAUGACAGUGUCUGCGAUGAUGUAGAUCCUGGAGGUUCUGAAGGGAGGAGGCUUCUAGAUGGGGAGCAAAAGGCAGCCAAAGGCUCACAUUUUGACAAUAUCAAUGUGAUUGGCCAAGGGCUGAAGCAUCUGUUUCAACAUCAAAGGCGACGUUCUUCUGUCUCUCCCCAUGACGUUCAGCAAGUCCAGCCAGAGCCAGACUCUGAGCCUGAGCAUGCCCAACCAGUUGAUGCUGAGGGCAAUGCCCAGCCCACAGCACUAAAUAGAGUUUUGCAGCAGAUCCGUGCCCCACCCAAAGUGAAAAGAGGAAGCAGCUUGCAGCAGAACCGCAAAGCAAAGCCAAACACACGAGGAAGUCCACAGAUAGGGCGGCGCUCAGCUCAGGACAUCAUGGCUGUGCUCUCCCACCCAGGACGACCUCGUUCCUCCUCUACCACUGAUGCACACCCUACUGCUGCCUUGGAGGUGCCUAACUCUUCAUACCUGUCAGGGGAUGAUUCUAUUGAAAGGCUCGACCGGCUGGAAGGGGGCAACCUCUCGCAGGCGUCCAGCAUGGUGUCCUCGGGUGCAGAUGGAAUGCUCGGCACUGACGCGGUUGACGGAACGCCAGAUCCGCAGAGAACCAAAGCGGCCAUCCUGCAGCUGCAGCAGAAGAUCCUCAAACUGACAGAGCAAAUCAAAAUUGAGCAGACGGCGAGAGAUGACAACGUAGCGGAGUACCUUAAGCUGGCAAACAACGCUGACAGGCAGCAGGGGGCCCGCAUCAAGCAGGUUUUUGAGAAGAAGAACCAGAAGUCCUCACAGAACAUUCUGCAUCUCCAGAAGAAGCUCGAGCAUUAUCACCGCAAACUGCGUGAGGUGGAGCAGAAUGGCAUUGCACGGCAGCCCAAGGAUGUGCUCCGGGACAUGCACCAGGGGCUAAAGGAUGUGGGGGCGCGAGUAACCGGAUUCAGCGAGGGGGUGGUGGGCAGUGUCAGGGGAGGGUUGUCCAGCUUUUCACAGGCUACUCAUUCUGCUGCCGGUGCAGUGGUGUCCAAGCCCAGAGAAAUCGCCUCUCUGCUGCGCAACCGCUUUGGAAGCAGUGACAACAUCUCAUCCCUGGAUGAUCCUUCACUUCUCUCCACUCCACAAGGGGAAGAUUUUGUUCCUGGAAAGGGUUUGGGGACCCUAAAUAUGCUCCAGGCUAGUCCCAAAUACGGCAGCGAGGAGGACUGUUCCAGUGCAACCUCAGGAUCUUUCGGAGCAAACAGCACCAGUGGGGGGCAAGGCGGGGGAGGAGGCGGGGCAGGCAGCUCACGGACAAACACCUUGGAUAGACAGGCACUGACAGGCUUCCAUGUUGUAUUACAAGAAAUCCAGGAAAUUCGGGAAGCCCAGGGCCAGCUAGAAGAGUCUUUGGAAGGGCUGAAGAGCCAGUACCAGAGAGAUUAUUCCUACAUCCUACAGUCCCUACAGGAAGAGAGGUUCAGGUGUGAGCGACUAGAAGAACAGCUUAAUGAUCUGACGGAGCUGCACCAGAACGAGAUACUCAAUCUGAAGCAGGAGCUUGCCAGCAUGGAGGAGAAGAUUGCCUAUCAGUCGUACGAAAGGGCAAGAGAUAUUCAGGAAGCUCUGGAGGCCUGCCAGACACGAAUCUCCAAGAUGGAGCUCCAGCAGCAGCAACAGCAGGUGGUUCAGCUGGAGGGUCUAGAAAAUGCCACUGCCAGAAACCUGCUGGGCAAACUGAUCAACAUCCUCUUAGCUCUUAUGGCAGUCGUGCUUGUCUUUGUGUCUACUGUGGCCAACUGCGUGGUCCCUUUACUGAAGACGCGUGGCCGGACGUUUGGAACUCUGCUCCUGGUUCUGGUGGCUGCUAUUCUCUGGAAACACUGGGAUUCUUUCUCUGGGCACCUGGAACAACUACUGUCCCCUCCAAGAUAACUGGACUGGCACUGCAAUGAACUAUGAAACCACAUGGGAGUCCAGACCGAGGGGCCUUUAGGUCUCCUGCAGAAAUAGGCAUCUUUUUGGCACCACAGGGGACAGCAGUUCCUCUGAUUUCAGGAGUGUCCAAGACUUUAUAUUAGUUUGGGUACUGCCUAUUCAACCCCUCCCCAUGCCUUACAAUCUUAAGCAAGGAGGGAUGCGGCAAGCACCUUAUGGCACUCCACCCCUAUAGCUGUAAUAUUGAGCCCUCCCCUGGGGAGAUCAGAUGCAUAGGGGUACGCAAAGAGGGGGGGUGCCAGAGUGCAUUGUUUACAUUGUAUGGAAGGAUUUUGGAGACUUAAUAUGUGUUGUUAUUGGGCUUCUCCCCCUACUGAAGGACUGCUGCUGCUGCUGCAACACAGAUUUCUCCCCAAAAUGUGUUUAGGAUUUCAUCUACUCUUAAACCCUGAAAUCCUCCCUCCCUUCUAGGAAUUCCACCUCCCCAGCCCCACAAUUGUGCCUUCAGGAUUUGUACCCAGAGUCCACUGUAAGUGCAGUGUUGCAUGCUGGGAUUCCGUCAGAGCCUAAACAUCAAACAGGACACGUUUGUGGCAAUAAGGCACUUUCCGACCUGCUCCUCUAACCCACUGAAGAUCUACUCUUCCAAGUGCCUUAUUGCUUCCGUUCUUUGGGGAGGGAUCAUCUCAGUCCUUUUUUAUGGGGGGAGGGGUUGUUUUUGGGGUUUUUUUUAGAUUGGGUUGAGAUGAAUGGGUUAAAGGGCAAUGUAACUGCCUUUACACUGAAACUCUGGACUACUACCGUUUUUCCACAGCCUCUACCUUUGUACCUAUUUAUCUGCUGUAUGGGGGCCUAUGACAGAGCCUUGCAUUUGUUACAGCCGCACAUUCCUUACUAUGAUCAAUGGUCCUAUAACUUCACCCCUUUGCUGCGUGAGGGAUCCCAUUUGAAGCCAAUGAGGUUCUCUUCGUCAGGAAAGGCACUCAGAGAAACAGAGGGUGGGGAGAUCACUGCACUUCCUCGUUGGGUCUUAAAGGAGUCACUCCAAUAUCUCUGCAGCUUAAAGCCUUAAUGGCAUCACCGUUCUACCCUCACCCCACCCUAGGGUAAUUAAAUGAUUAAUUAGAAAGCGCAGUAUUUCUCAUCACUUAGAAAAAAGGUUGGGGUUUUUUUAAGAUUUUUUUUUUUAUAAGUAGCAAUUUACUCUUUACCUGCCCGGGGGGGCGCACAUCACAUGUCCAGGCGUCUCCGGCAGGAAAGGGCGUUGAUUUGGGCGCACUUUGAAAAGUCUGCUUGUGCUGCUGAAAUCCACGCGGGAGGAUAUUUGUGGAUAUUUGGGAAGCAGCACUCGUUUGGUACAGUGUCCUUACUGUAAGUGUUUCCUCCGGCCUGCGCUGCCGGGAGGUUUGUUAUAUCUUGUUUAAUAUUUUAAUUAAUAUUAUUUGGAGUGAAAGGAGAGGGCUGGUUGAAUAAAAACAGUCAUGUUUUUAGACAAA